UACACCACCCCGCAGCCCCCCUCCCGGUCCCCUGCCGUGAGCGCGUCGCCGCCCGGCCCCUGCAGGGUCCCAUCUCUGUCCCACACCAGCACUUGCCUGGGAGGAAAGGCGGUCAUUCAGGCAACCCUCCCAUCCGGAGCACGGACCAGGGGGCCCGCCGGCAGCCGAAGCUUGGACCCUUGCCUUUCUCUCCGCUCCCCGGUGUCCUCGCAUCUUUCCCAGGGGGCAUAGGCCACUUCACCUAAGGCCUGUAGUUGUCACUCUGAUCCUUGGGGCCUCCCGCAAGAGUAAGCCUAAACUUUUUGAAAUCAGACACUGAGAAAAACUUAGCACGGUGAAAUGACGUAAGUUGUUUGCUCAAGUUUGGACUUGAGGUUUGGCUUAAGAACCGUGAACUGUCAGGAAGGUUCCCCGAGUUGUGAAUUUGCCAGGCAGAUGGAUGACAGCAGAGAGAUGAACAGCAAGAAAAUCUAGAUGCCAUCCGGACACAUUUCAAAACUUUCUGGUUAAUGUUAUUGUGACGUUAGUCAGAGGGGGCAGAGGCAGUUGAAUUUCUCUAGCUGUGAUUUCUCUUGCAAAGUUUUCUUUCUGGAGCCCUUUCUGUUCUUACACUUCGAGGGGGAGGGGGGCACUUUUUCACUAUUAAGUGGACCGGUAGCCUCAGAUAGAAAAGAGGGUAAUUGGUACGAUGUUGAAGACCAGUAAAAAGUGUAGGCAUGCUCUUGCAAGCAUGGAUAUUCCUUGAUAAAGAAUUUUAUGUACUUCAGCCAGUGGAAGAAUGUCUGUAACCUUCACUUGAGCAAGACACUGACAGAGUCUGGAACCAGCAUAAAAACAGUGUUGGACAAUAUUUUAAUGGGGCACAUUGAACAACUGAGGCAUGAAACAAGAGGGCAACUCACAUGCUGGAAAGCCUGAAAACACUUACAUCUGGAAGGAGAUGGAGAAUAGAGGAGACUUAGGAGAGCAUGAAAUUAUCUUCAGCUAUUUGAAGGGCUACCCCUGGGAAGAAAGGAUAUUGAAUACAUUCUUGGAUGAUCCUGAAUUUGCUGAUACUGUGUUGAAAGCAGAGCAAGCAGUAGAAUUUGGAGUUUUUCCAGAAAGAAUCUCUCAAGGUUCAAGUGGAAGUUACUUUGUGAAGGAUCCUAAGAGGAAAACUAUAGGUGUGUUUAAACCCAAAUCAGAAGAGCCUUAUGGUCAACUGAAUCCAAAAUGGACCAAAUAUGUUCAUAAGGUCUGCUGCCCUUGCUGCUUUGGUAGAGGCUGCCUGCUUCCUAAUCAGGGAUACCUUUCUGAAGCUGGUGCCUCCCUUGUAGAUGAAAAGCUUCAUCUGGGCAUUGUACCUAAAACAAAGGUGGUUUGGCUUGUCAGUGAGACAUUUAACUACAGUGCAAUUGACCGUGCAAAAUCUAGAGGCAAAAAGUAUGCUUUAGAGAAAGUGCCUAAAGUAGGUAGAAAAUUCCAUCGGAUAGGACUCCCUCCUAAGAUUGGUUCCUUUCAGUUAUUUGUUGAAGAUUACAAGGAGGCUGAUUAUUGGCUUAGGAAAUUUGAAGCUGACCCUUUGCCUGAGAAUAUUAGAAAAGAAUUUCAGUCACAAUUUGAAAGAUUAGUUAUUUUGGAUUACAUCAUCAGAAAUACAGACAGGGGAAAUGAUAAUUGGUUAAUCAAAUAUGAAAAGCAGAAACAGGGAAAGGAAAUUAAGGAAACGGAUUGGAUUGAUGAUAAAGAAUCACUUAUUAAAAUAGCUGCAAUUGAUAAUGGUCUGGCAUUUCCCUUUAAGCAUCCUGAUGAAUGGAGAGCAUAUCCAUUUCACUGGGCUUGGCUCCCUCAGGCAAAAGUUCCUUUUUCUGAAGAAACAAGAAACUUAAUUCUACCAUAUAUUUCUGACAUGAACUUUGUGCAAGAUUUAUGUGAAGAUCUUCAUGAACUUUUUAAGAUUGACAGAAAAUUUAACAAAGCCACUUUUGAAAGUCAGAUGUCUGUGAUGAGAGGUCAGAUCUUAAAUCUUACUCAGGCACUGAAGGACGGGAAGAGUCCUGUUCAGCUCGUACAAAUGCCCUGUGUGAAUGUGGAGCGCAGUCAAGGUAGAAAUCAGGGUCGGAUCGUCCAUUCGAGCAGUUCUUUCACCCAGACUGUCCACUGCAGGAAGCCAUUCUUUUCCUCCUGGUAGCAGAUGUAAGAGUAAAAGAAGCAAACCGUUCGGCAUUAUUAUGUUGUUAAAACGAUACAGUAAUGCAAAUCUGUUAAGAGCUCCCAUUGCCAAAACCUCAAAUAAUGUAAGUCUUUAAAAGGUUAUCUUUUGAAUGUAAUCAAAAGUUUACAGCUUUUUUGUCCAAAUAUUAAAUUUCUAUUUCAGGGAAGAAGUGAUAGAUCGCCUAUGUUGUAUUUUUGUAGAAAAAUUGUAUUUUAUGUUGUUGAUGUUAGUUUAAAAGGUAAUUUCUUGGUUUACAUAUUCUGAAAUGACUGUAAUUACUUUAGAAUCCAAGUAGAAAAGUAAGGUAUUUGUUGACUUUGAAUAACUUUUUAUAUUCUUUUUAAACAUUGAGAAGGAUGUUCAUGUUCACUCUUCUUACAUUAUAAAAGGCCUGUGAGGAUGAAACUGCUCUUGUGAGUUUUAAUAAGUGGUUAAUAGAAAAAACAGGUAAGAAUAGAGCAAUGUUGCCUUAAUUGAAAAAGCUGCUAUUUUAGAACUUGAAUAAGUGUCCCUAAAGUGACCAUUGCUAUUAGGGACCAGAAAGUUAUAUUUUGGUUGAGUAGAAGGUGACCAUUUUAUUUUCUGUACUUCAGAAUAUUUUUGGUCAAUUAUUUUGUAAUAGUAAGGAAACAAAUCUAAAGAUAUUCUCCCUUUAGAAAAAAAAUGGAAACACUCAGCUGAGACUGGAGGGGACUAAUAGGAAAUUAAGGCAGAUCUCUAAUAUUUUGAAAUUCCAAAAUAGCAUUAGAAGUCCCUUUUGUUUCUUGCAUGGGAUCAAUUACUUAAUCUAUUAGUACUUUAGAGUACUGAUCUUACUCAGUUUAGUAGUUCAGUUAGUAUUAACUUUACCGAAAAGUAAACCAAACCCCAAAGUAUAUAUUGGAUUGCAUUUUGGGGUCCUAGGGCAUAAGUCCUUAAAAAUAACAGUCAUAUUGUAGAGUACUUGAAAUCACCAUGUUAAUAUAAUUAACGGUCAACUUUAGAAUAUCAGCCCUAACUAAAGGGGAACGUGACAGAGAUAACCAUGAAGUCAUUUAUAAUUUGAUUUUGAAAAUUAAUAUGCCAGACAUCCUAGGACUUUGUAGGACUUUGUAGCACCUUUAACUCACCAAGUGAUUUAAAUUGAGACAAGCCGAGUAUGAAGAUGUGAUUUCAAGGAACUAGAAGCUUCAUUCUUUCCUUUAGGCCCAAACAAGUAACAUCACCACUCAGACUAACCUGGCAUUUGUGGUCUGGGCCUUUUGGUUUUUUAGCUCUCUGUCUUGUAAUUUUUUCUUUUUUAAUUAAGUAUUUUUGGUAAAAAGUAUUUCAUGAAGGUUAAAUUAGGACAGAAGACAGGUCUGCAGAUCCCUCUUCCUUCACCUUUCUCCCGGUCUCCAUGGAUGCGGCGAGUGAGAACACUGCCGUCCUCAGUACAGCCCCACUGGACACCUGUGUUCUGCCUCCCCCGAACUUCCGCCAUCUUCAUGCUGAGAGCAUGGGAAAUUGACUGGAAAUUCAAAAUGCAGCUACCAUCUUUAGAUAAAUACUUGUAAUUAAAAUGUGCCUUUUGAAGAUGUGUUCUAAAAGAAAUAAGUUGUUAUGAUGUGGGUACUGCUUUUGUAAAACAGUUUUUUUUGGUAUUUUGAGAAUUGCUCUAUUAAUUUUUAUAAUGGAAAACUUAGUAAAUUCCUACUGUUUUAUAUCCUGAAGUUAAAAAUAGUGUGGAACUAUUUUUUAAAUGGCUUGACCCAGGCUAGAAGAGUAAAGUUGAAAUAUUUAAGAUAUGAUCAUAAGUCAGAAUAUAUUGGUUAUAUUUUGUAAAUUUUUAUGAAAUUGAUUCUUAUUUAAAUACUGUGUUAAAUUUUUCAGUGAGUAUAUUUAUAGUGUCAAACUUGGUAGACUAAAAGUAAUAAAAAUCAUUGUCUUAAGGUCACGGUUCUCCUAAAGUAUAUAUAUUGAAUAUUUAGAAUGUUUGUGAACACAUUUAUGUUUAUAAAUGACAUCAAACCAUCAUUUCCCCUGUAUAUUAGUGGUAUAGUUUAAUUCUUUAAAAUUUCAAAAGCCUUAUUUAAGUGGAACCUUUAUAAUUGGAGACAUUUUACUUUUGUUUAAUUAUAUGCUUUCUUAUUCUCUCCCAAAUUUGUCAGCAAUUGGCAGCUGUGGAAAACCUGUGGUAGGUUUUUUGCAGACUUGAAAACAGUUUGAGUCACAAUUUUUUUUUUAUUUAAAGUUCUGUACUGAUGGAAUUAAAACCUUAUUAAAAACA